AUGUCGCCUUCCGAUCUUCCAGACCACGGCCCGUGCUCGAACCACAACAUUGCUGCUACUACUACUCCCCAAAAUCACGAAAGGCCUGAGGAAUUGUUGUUAUUCAAAGCUCAUUAUCAUCACCUCAUUGAACCACCUGAAGAAAUGACCGCUUCGAGAAAGUUCUCAUACGCGUCAGUCAAAGAAGACACAGAUGGCCUCCCCCAGUCAUUUGGGUCGUCCCUGUCAUCCCAAGAUCUAGAGGAAGUCGAGUGGAUCGCGUGGCCCUGCAGCCAGUGGUGUAAGGCCAAGGGCUUGUGCUCGUAUCACUUCAACGGUUCUCACGAAGAUCAUGUCCAGACAAGGUUGGAAGGAUAUGCUCGCAACAACCCGAGAAAGCUGGAAAAGAUCCUCGACGAACUGGAGAAGCGAAGAGCGGCCCAGAAACUAUUCAAUCUCCCCUUCGCCAAAGAGAUUACUCGCGUUCAUCCCCGUCCGGCCGAUUUCAGUCUCGAAGUAUGGCGGGAGAAAGUCAGAGAUUCCAUUCGCCUGAACGACGAGUUCGAUCGCACGGCAAUGGACACGGCAAUCGUUGACGACUCGGACGAGACCCUGUCGCAGACCUCGACCAUUUCCCGCAAGGACGGCGUUCCGUUUCUCGAGGCUAUGCCUGAGGAAAUUCUGGAACUCAUCCUCUCUUAUGUGACGGUUGAUCACACGGCCGAUCCCUAUGCCCGUCCCCAUGUUGAUCUGGCGAGCUGUUCGCUCGUGUCCAAGAAAAUCCAAGCGGCUGCCGUCCAGGUCUUGUACCGACACGUCUCGAUCCCGCAGUCGAGGGCUUUCGCCAAACUGAUGCGGAGUCUCAAGUCCACCCCCCAGCUCGGAGAACUAGUGCAGUGGUUGGAUUUUUCGCAUUACUCCAACAUGGGCUUUGGCAGCGCUCGCAGCGUUCGCAAUCAGACUCCCUUUUUGAAGCCCGAGACUCUCAGCGCGUGUCUGGAUGUCAUGCCAAACUUGCAGGCAUUUUUGGUCCAUGAGCAUGUCGAUGAAGAACUCGACGUCAACAUCAUCUCCAAACUGUUCAACAUGCCUCUCAUGCAGGCGCUGGACUUUUGCGCCUGCUCUUCUCGGCCAUUUGCAGAGGCCUUUACCACCGUCACGACGCAGCUUUCCACUCCACUGCAAAGCCUGAAACGCCUUUCAUUGCAUGAAUGCACCACACUGCAAGAGCCGGUGUUUGAAUCGCUCCUUCCGCUCCUUACGAAUCUGACGCACCUGGACGUGGCACAUACGCUCAUCAACGACAAGGCUCUGUUGUCCAUCCCGCCAACGGCCAGAAUCACGCACCUGAACAUCGAACGUUGCACGCGUCUGACAGGUUCUGCCGUUGUCAAGUUCCUCACAACCCAUCCCGGCGUCAGGGGAAAUGUCGUUUACUUGAACCUUGCUGCCGACGCAUCGCGGCAUGGAUUGCUAGCGGAAGACGACGUCACAAGACUGCUGGAAUCCUUGCCUUCGAGCCUCAGAUCCCUCAACCUAGGUGGUGCCAAGGUCACUCCCUCCCAUAUUCCCGCGCUGAGAAAUCUCGCCACGCAUCUCGAAGAACUCGGUUUGCGUGGCGCCGAUCUCAGCCUCGGCAGCGAUAUCGUGCGUCUCUUCAAACCCUCGCCUUCCGCUUGCUCCUCUGAAGACGAAGAUCACGCCAUGGACGACAACGACUCAUCGUCCACUUCCGUGUCGUCUCGCCAGCACAGCAGCACACUGCGCUACCUCGACCUCACGUCGAUCCGCUCCGUCACACAGCUAUCCCUCUCCUACUCCCCUUCCUCCCUCACGGACAAGGACACUUUGCCGCUUGAGGUCAUCGAGCUGGGCGGUGAUGUGUUGCAGGAAAUCAAGCGACGCACUGCGCAUGUAAGGGACCGCGGGAAGUUGGAGUGGGUCGUCAAAGAGCUCGGCCGACGAGGGUGGUAUGUGCGUCAGCCUCUGCCCGGUGCGACCAGCCUCGACGACAAUGGCGCCAGAGCGUGGAAGAUGGGUGCUCGCUGGUGGGGGAUGAGGAAGAUCCCCAUGGUUGAGCAAGACGUUGGUGGUAUGUAUGGGUAUUUCAUGUUCAAGAGGUCGUGA